AUGGCCAAAAAAACCCCAGCAAUAAAAGACUCUGUGCACGGAAGCAAGUUUCUUUACUUAUCUGCACAGCGGUCCCGCCGAGCUCGUCGUGGCCGGAGGGGUUUUGCGAACUCCCGUGGGCGCGCGGCCCUGCGCGGCUCCCUGCCGCUCGCGGGUGCGCUGACGGGUCUCGAUCUCGAGUCAGAUGACUGUGCAUCCAUAUACAUCUUUAAUGUAGACCAACCAUCUUCAUCUGUAAAUCAGCCAAUUUGUAUUCCUCGCCAUGGACUGCAGUCUCACUCCUCUCCUUUGUCACCACCUACCAGACUUCAAAGUCAUAAGAACUAUGAGGGGACUUGUGAGGUACCGGAAUCCAAAUAUAGUCCACUAGGUGGACCCAAGCCCUUCGAGUGCCCUAGUAUUCAGAUUACAUCUAUUUCACCUAACUGUCAUCAAGGGAUUGAAGCCAAUGAAGAUGAAUUGCACACAAAUGGCACUGAAAAUGAGUAUAUGGAAAGGCCGUCGCGGGACCAUCUCUAUCUUCCUCUUGAGCCAUCAUACAGGGAAUCAUCCCUUAGCCCGAGCCCUGCCAGCAGCAUUUCCUCCAGAAGCUGGUUUUCAGAUGCUUCCUCCUGUGAAUCCAUUUCCCAUGUUUAUGAUGAUGUAGACUCAGAACUCAAUGAAGCGGCUGCGCGUUUUACCCUUGGCUCUCCUUUGGCAUCUCCUGGUGGCUCUCCAAGAGGUCCCAGUGAUGAAUCUUGGCAACAACCAUAUGGAUUUGGGCAUGCCUUGUCACCCAGACAAUCUCCCUGUCAUUCUCCUAGAACUAGUAUCACAGAUGAAAAUUGGCUGAGCCCCAGACCUACAUCAAGGCCCUCCUCAAGACCCACGUCCCCCUGCGGGAAACGACGACACUCCAGUGCUGAGAUUUGCUACGCGGGUUCUCUCUCUCCUCACCAUUCCCCAACUCCCUCACCUGGCCAUUCCCCCAGAGGAAGCAUAACAGAAGACACAUGGUUAAACACUUCUAUUCACAAUGUACAAGGUCUUAAUUCCAGCCUUUCACCAUUUCAGUGUUGUACAGAGACUGACAUCCCUCUGAAAACAAGGAAGACCUCAGAGGAUCAAACAGCCACUUUAUCUGGAAAAAUUGAUCUCUGCCCCGAAGAGCAGGGAAACUUAUCGUCAUCCCUUGAGACCGCAGUAGAUGACUGCGCUGGAUCUCAACAUAGCUUGAAAAAAGAUUUGCCUGGAGACCAAUUUCUUUCUGUUCCUUCGCACUUUACUUGGAACAAACCAAAGCCUGGCCAUACCCCUAUAUUUCGCACAUCUUCUUUGCCACCUCUUGACUGGCCUUUACCAAGCCAUUAUGGGCAGUGUGAACUGAAAAUAGAAGUCCAGCCCAAAACUCAUCAUAGAGCUCACUAUGAAACAGAAGGAAGCAGAGGAGCAGUAAAAGCAUCUACUGGAGGACACCCAGUAGUGAAGCUCCUAGGCUACAAUGAAAAGCCAGUAAACCUACAGAUGUUCAUUGGAACAGCAGAUGAUCGCUACUUGCGGCCUCAUGCGUUUUACCAGGUGCACCGAAUCACUGGAAAAACAGUUGCUACUGCUAGUCAAGAGAUAAUAAUUGCUAGCACAAAAGUCUUGGAAAUUCCACUUCUUCCUGAAAAUAACAUGUCAGCCAGUAUCGAUUGUGCAGGUAUUCUGAAGCUUCGCAAUUCCGACAUAGAGCUCCGUAAAGGAGAGACAGAUAUUGGACGCAAGAAUACUAGAGUGCGCCUGGUGUUUCGUGUUCACAUCCCACAACCUAGUGGAAAAGUCUUGUCUCUUCAGACUGCUUCCAUACCUGUUGAAUGCUCUCAGCGAUCGGCUCAAGAACUUCCUCAGAUUGAGAAGUACAGUAUCAACAGUUGCUCAGUAAAUGGAGGCCAUGAAAUGGUAGUAACAGGAUCCAAUUUUCUUCCAGAAUCAAAAAUUAUCUUCUUUGAAAAAGGGCAAGAUGGACGACCUCAGUGGGAGGUAGAAGGGAAAAUAAUUAGGGAAAAGUGUCAAGGGGCAAACAUCGUUCUUGAGGUUCCUCCAUACCAUAACAAAACUAUUACAGCUGCAGUUCAGGUGCAGUUUUAUCUCUGCAAUGGCAAGAGGAAAAAAAGCCAGUCUCAACGUUUUACUUACACACCAGUUAUAAUGAAACAAGAGCACAGAGAUGAGGUGGAUUUGUCUGCUGUCCCAUCUUUGACCCUGCCUCACACAGGCAACGUUCAGGGCCUACAUUCUAUCCGAAGUCCAUUACCAUCCCCAGAUCAAGGGCAUCCACAUGAUGGUUUGCUGUCUACAUCACCCAGGAGCCUUGUUUGUCCAGUUCAGCCACCUUACACAGCAAUGGUGACCUCGGCGGUGUCCCACCUCUCACAUAUGCAAGGUAGAAACCUUAGUCCCAGUGAAGAGUGUCAUGUUUUGCCUCCUGCUGUGGUUCAGUCUUUUCAGGUAACAUCAGCACCUCCUGUGAGCCCUUCCUACCAGUCUAUGCAGUCUAAUGACGUAUAUAAUGGACACUCUGGUCUUCCUAUGAACUCUGCCUCCAGCCAAGGAUUUGAUGGUAUUUCAUUUCAGCAAGAUGCACCUGUACCUCCUUUGAUAAAUCUUAGCUGCCAAGCUCUCCCACCAAUGCAGUUCCAUUCGUCAAAUCCAGGGUCUUUGUCAACAUCGAGCACAGCCGGGCACCCGUUAGGACACCCAGCUCAUUCAGGACAGUCAUCUUCUCGCCUGCCAUCGAUCGGAUACCACUGCCCGAGCUCUGGGCAGGGCUCCAUCUCUUCCACAAUGAGUCGAUCCCUUGGGCAGUCUUCUCCCCAGCUGCAGCAAGUCUCAUACCAUUCUUCAAACCCAGCAUCUGCUUCAUCCCCAUCCCCUACAGCUUCCCAUCCUUUGGUCCAUUCCCCACUGUCUGGACCAUCUUCCCCCCAGCUCCAACCUAUGCCUUACCAGUCUCCCAGCUCAGGACCUGCCUCCUCUCCCCCGCCGCCCGCUGUGGGUCGCUCGGGCCAGCACUCCCCGCAGGCGCACAGCCCGGCGCUGGGCGGCCGCGCGGCGGCCCUGGCGUGCCACAGCGCGCGCGACUCAUCUCCGUUUGCACCAGACGGGGCAGCUGUGAACGUUAAGCCAGAACCUGAAGAUGGAGAAUUGAAUUUUCAAACGAUAGGACUACAGGACAUCACGCUUGAUGAUGUGAAUGAGAUCAUAGGAAGAGAUAUGUCUCAGAUCUCGGUGUCACAUGGAACAGCAGUGGCCAGCCAGUCUCCGCAAACAUGCCCUGGGUCUCUGGAGACAGGAAUAUCUGAUGGAAUCCAGUAGCAGAUAAGCUUACAACUGAGCAUCCUUGAAAGCUUCACAAUUUCUCUGAAUAUUACUUCAUCCUCUUCCUCUUUAGACUUACUGUGCUUCCAACUCUGUGGCCUUUAUGAACUGGAACAGUGGAUCCUUGCAUAGCCCUUUUAGUGGGUUUCAUUUUUGAUGUAGAGACAGAGCAUUUAUAAUGAUAGUUCCUCAGAUGCUGUAAAGUGACUUCUUAAAAUGGACACACAGAAUCUACACCAGAUAUUUUAACUGUUCAAAAGUUGCAAACAAGCUUUGCUUUUUUUGCAUUUAAAUAGAAUACUUUUAUAUUGUAAGUGCUUCAAACGUGUGAAGAUGUUAGUUUGCUCUUAUAAUAUUCACAGUACUGAACGUGGAGAAAGAUUUAAUACACCUCUUCAGUGUGCUGCUUUCCCUUAGAGAUAGCAUAAUUGUAACUGAUGAUUUGUAACACCUUUUGGUCAUUUUGGAAAGCCUUUAAGCUUAUAUUGUUUAAAUUUUUUUAAUAAGAUCUUCCAGAGGCAAAUCAUACUUGUCAUCUGAAGCCAAUGCCGUGGAAGUCAGUGUGUAUACAAAUACUUUAUAGUGUUUUCUCUCUUAGAUUCAUAGGAAGCAAAGCCAAAUGUAGAUCUGCACUUGUUUAUAAACUGAAAAUGUUACUUGAUAGGCUGCAAAAAGACCAUUCCAUCUUGGAAGUGUUGGGAUAGAAAUGACAUUCCAAAAUUAACUUUUAUAACUUUGUGGAUAAUCUUCCUGUACUUUGUUAGCACAGGCUCCUUCUUGAAAUAGCUUUUUCUUAGAAAGUUACAUUUGUAAUCAAAUUUGAGAACUAGGAUUUUAGAGUAAAGAACUGCAAAUUCAAAGCCAUGUUAGAUACAGAAGGAAUUUAAUAUUUGCUGAGGAUCUGGGUGUUCCUGUUAUCACUACAAAAGCUGUUUUGAAAUUACCGAUUUGGUGGCUUCAAAUUCUCCAUGCAAUAAACCAUU